AUGAGCAAGAACAGCACCACCGAGAAGAACAUCAACAGAUGGGAGGCAGCUUUCCGGAGGAAGGGCACCUCGGGCCGCCCGGAGAAGCAGGAAGCCUGGAUUGCUGAGGCAGAGAGUUUUAUCCGACGCGACACCAGACACGAGCUCGGUCUACUCAACAGCACUACUCGCAGCCUCAUCGAGACCGAGAUGAAGGCGCCUGUCACCGUACACAACAUCAACCCGACCAACUGCACAUCGUACAGAUCUAUCCAAACCGCUCUCGGGGGCAACAAUAAAAUCAAGAUGGGAUCAGUGUGGGCCCUGAUUAUCAAGAGAGAUGGAGAUGUCGACAAGUUCAUGACGAAGUUCCCCGAUAGGGAGAUCUUCGAGACCAUGGCAGGAAUCUACUGCUCGGUCAUCACGGGCAAAUACAACGACAUCGACGAACACGAUGUGAACCGCAUCCAGGCUGCUACCUGCUGGACCGACGACUCCACGAAUCGAGAUGACCCUGGUAAGCGGAAGAAUGCGGGAUCUGACGAAAAUGCCGAUGACGGAAAGCCUGUGAGCAAGAAGGUCAAGAUCGAGAAGCCUGAGCUCGAUUCGGACGUCACAUCCGAUGAGGAAAAGCCCGCCAAAAAGCCCACUACAUCCAAGGAGAAGCCCCUCAAGAAAAACGGCAAGAAAACCACCGCAUCCGAUGAGAUCAUCGAGAACAAGCCCGCUGAGAAGCCCAUCAAGACAUCCGAUGUCACCACAUCCAACAAGCCGAAGACCACCAAACAACGCAACAUCACCGCAUCCGACACGGAGUCGGAGGCAGACAAGCCCAAGGGCAAGAAGGUCAAGAUCGAGAAGCCUGAGCUCGAUUCGGACGUCACAUCCGAUAAGGAAAAGCCCGCCAAAAAGCCCACUACAUCCAAGGAGAAGCCCCUCAAGAAAAACGGCAAGAAAACCACCGCAUCCGAUGAGAUCAUCGAGAACAAGCCCGCUGAGAAGCCCAUCAAGACAUCCGAUGUCACUACAUCCAAGAAGCCCACCAAGACAUCCGAUGUCACCAUUUCCAACAAGCCGAAGACCACUAAACAACGCAACAUCACCGCAUCCGACACGGAGUCGGAGGCAGACAAGCCCAAGGGCAAGAAGGACAACAAAGGCAAAGCCAAAACCGUUGAGAGGAAGACGGAGGAAUCUGACGUGGACAUCAGCUUGGGAGGAAUGGUAUCUGACGAUGACGAAAAAUCCCAGGCACGCAUCUACCGCGACAAAGUCAUGAAGAUGCAGCGCGUCAAGAAACUGUUUCAGAAAGUCGACAAGGCCGACAGACCGAAUGCGCUCAGCCGGUUCCUCAUCAUGGAGGUAGCCGGAGGAUGCAAGGGCGAUGUGGUCGACAACGCGAAGUACUUCAUCGAGCACCACAACGAGUAG